AUGGAACAACGAGCCAUCACGUUGCUGAAAAACUUGAAUCUCAACCAGGAUGACUAUACCAUCAAAGUUCGCAUUGUCAGACUAUGGAGUCGACCAGCCUUCAAUGAUUCUCGAAAGGUUUAUUGCUAUGAUAUGAUUUUAAUGGACGAAGAAGGGACGAAAAUUCAAGCCUUUGUCUUAGCCAAGACUGCGAGAGAGUAUGAACAAUUGUUGAAGGAGAAGCAAUGUUUGUUCAUCCGUAAUCCUUCAUUAGGCGAGAAUCGACAGAAAGUGAAAUAUGUUCAUAUUUCCACCAAGAUUAAUCUAAACAGCAACGCAAUAGUGUCGGUUUGUGAUGAACCUGUUGGUUCUGAGUGGGGAUUCGACUUCUCUCCUUUUAGUUCUAUUGUUGAAGACCCUACUGACGACAGCAAGUCCUUUAAAAGUCCCAUUGGGUAUCUUUAUGUUUCAAAUCUCUACACUGUCACUCGCGUGUUGAUCAACGCUGAAAUUGAUGACAUUUUAACAUUUAAGAAGAGGUUCUUCUCAAACAUUACCCCCGAAACGUCUUCCACCUUUUCUGGAUUGAGUGCAUCCAGAAUAAAAGAUCCUACUGAAGAGUAUCUUUCGGAUUUUGAGUUCAGUACUAUUGGAGCUUUAAAUCAGAUUUCGGAGAAAAAGUUUGUAAUUAUUUUCGGAACUAUAAAGAGUUUUGCUUCCGAGGAUUCUUGGUUUUACAAUGCCUGCAGAAAUUGUAAUCGAUCGGUCACCACAAAAACAAUUUCAAAAGAAAAACAAGAUGGUUCCGAUGGUUUUGAAGAUAUUGUUGUUCUUGAGUGUAAGGAUGAUGGCUGUAACAGUAAGCCUGUUUACUCCGUUCCGAGGAUCAGGGUUCUGAUACGUGUUCAGGAUUGUACAGGGAUUGUGACGCUCACCUUAUUUGAGCGUGAGGUGCUUAAGCUGUUGAAGGUUAACGCGAGUCAGCUGUUGGAUAAGAACCUUGAUUUGGCUAACGAAGGGCAUUUUCCGCACGAACUCAACGCUCUACUCAACAGGAAGUUUGCAUUCAAGAUAUCUAUCAGUCCUUUCAACAUAAAACACAAAUCGGAUGGUUACUCUGUUUCAAAAUUAACAGACAAUCGAACUGUGAUUGCCGAACUAGAUAAAAUCUUUGAUGUCAUUCAGCCUGUUGACGAUGAGCGUUUGAAUGUUGUUAGCUCUGACAUGAAAGCAUCAGAUGAGGUCCCCGUAAAUGAUUCUGUCUCCCGUACCAAAGCCGAUGAGACACCUGUUUCAAAUUUUACUAAAGACAUGUUUAAAACACCCGAUGAAGAUCUCAACGGUACCUCAAUUCGUGUCCUGGAAAACGACCUGAAGCGGAAUUUGGACAGCAUUUACGAUGAUGAUGUGAUGUCUUCGCAGUCCUCUACAAAACCCCGUAAAUCUGGCAAGGAGGUUGUCGAUGAUGAUGGUGUCACAGUGGGAUUACUGAUUCCCAAGGUUGAGAAGUAGUUUGUGGCAACUAAGAAUGUUUUGAACAUCUCAUUGGUUUUUAUUUAUUCGUGGAUUGUUUGUUUGUUUUUUCGUAAAACCUAUUAA